UCUUUCUCUUUAUUGUGGUAGUUCAACUUCAUUCACAUUCAAACCAGAACUAAAAUGCAAACACUGCAUCCUCCGGCGCCGGCGAACUCAGAAGGCGGCAUCACCGGAGCUACCCUCGAUCCUCCUCUGGUCAGAACUUAUCGCGCUUGGAAAGGCAAUAACGUAUUUUUCCUUCGAGGGAGGCUUAUAUUUGGACCCGAUGUGAAAUCUAUAUUUACAACAGUGUUUCUUGUCGUUGCUCCUGUUGCUGUUUUCUGUGCUUUUGUUGCUUGGAAAUUGUUGGAUGAUUUUCCUCAUCACGCAGGAUAUUCAAUUUUUAUUGUAAUUAUUGUUCACACAAUAUUUGUUCUGAUUGCCCUUGUACUGACCUCAGGAAGAGAUCCGGGCAUAGUGCCUCGCAAUUCUUAUCCUCCGGUGGUAGAUGAUUGUGAUGGAAGUGUCAAUGUCAACGGUGAACUAAACCCGCCGCAACAUUUACCACGAUUUAAGGAAGUAAUUGUCAAUGGAACAACUGUGAAAGUAAAAUAUUGUGAUACCUGCAUGCUAUAUAGACCUCCUCGCUGCUCUCAUUGUUCAGUAUGCGAUAACUGCGUGGAGCGAUUUGAUCAUCACUGCCCAUGGGUGGGUCAGUGUAUCGGAUUGCGAAAUUAUCGGUUCUACUAUAUGUUUGUUUUCUCUGCAACCCUUCUUUGCCUGUAUGUUCAUGGCUUUUGUUGGGUCUACAUCAAGAAGAUCCAGAACUCAGAGGAGAUAACAAUUUGGAAAGCAAUGAUCAAAACCCCUGCUUCCAUUGCACUAAUAAUAUAUUCCUUCAUUUCUGUCUGGUUUGUUGGAGGGCUCACUGCAUUCCAUACAUAUCUAAUCAGCACAAACCAGUCUACUUAUGAAAAUUUUAGAUACCGGUAUGACCGACAAGUCAACCCUUAUAACAAAGGGGUAAUUGAGAACUUCAAAGAAAUAUUCUGUUCUUCCAUUCCUCGAUCCAAAAACAAUUUCAGGUCUAAGGUUCCAAUUCCUAAAGAAUCGUCAGAAUCAUCUAGAAGACAGGGUGUUGAUACACUUAUGAUUAGAAAAACAGCAGGUGAUCUGGAACUAGGGUCGCAAAGUUACAAUGAGGUUGAUGAGGCUGAAAAAUAUUAUAAAGAUGGGUUUGUCAUUGAUGAGGAAUAUGGAAAGGGUAGUGACUUAAGUGAUACCUCCGUAGAUUUAAGUAGAAUGCUUCACACAGAACAGGGGCAGAGACAACUUGUUUCCUUUGUAAGGCAAUCCAUGUGGGAAAGAAGCAGCAGAAAAGAAGACAUAACUCCUGAAGUUCUGGACCAGAUACACGAAGCUGGGGAGUCAAAACAGAUCACCGGUGAUAGUAGUAAUGAGCCUGGUGGCAGCUCAACAAAAAUGGCUCCAUAAUUUCAGAAAACUUCAAGGAUGUAAAUCAAAAUUACAAAGAAAAUGAUGGGUGGGGGACAGAGUUUGUUAGGUUGGGAUUUGAUAGGGAGGUAGUGUUUGUGUCUUAUUGUUUUGGUUAAAAAAUGUCAUUGGAACUUGCUCAUUGAUUGCUGAAUAGUUUUUUUUGUUGUUGUUGAAGUUAUUCUAUGGUGGUAUAGUUCUUUUAAAAGUGGCACUUGUGUACAGAAGAAGAACAAUAGAAAUUGUGGAAAAGAAUCAUUCCAAUACGUUCAUUUACUUAUUUUUCCUUCA